AUCAAUGCAUCGUGAAAGAGGUCUUUCCAUCGACGUCGUCCUUGCAAUCCUAAGUCCACUUCUCGUCUUUUGAGAACUCAGAAGGCGAUCCCGCCUAUUGAUUGGUAAACAUCAUCCUGUUAAGCUUUGCUACCCAGCAAGACCGUGGCCUGGCCGACACAAUACUACUACCUACGUUCGCAAACCUGAAUGCUGAGCCGUGGUCUGUUCAAAAUGACCGUUCGCAGAUCUACCAGAAUUGCUUCUGGCUCUUCCACUACGGCUGCUGCUGCUGAUGCUGCUGCUGCGUCAGAAAAGCCUACCAAGGUUGUCACCACGUCCAGGAAACGGUCGUUGAGCACUGGGUCUCCCCAAACGCAGACGAAGACGAAUAAAAAGACCAAAUCGUCGCAAGACGUGCCCGCCGUCAAUGGGGAGUCGGUACAGUCAGCACCAGAGUUCAAAGUCCCAGUGACACCGGUGAAGAACGCCAGGAGGGUUCCGGCCAAAGCCAAGCAACCCCCCUUGACGCCCACCCCGAGUUUGAUCAGUGUGAUCAGGGCGCCCUACAGUUCAGGAGAUAUUGACGAUGCCACGCCGCCGCCAGAACGGCCCGUCGAGCCACACGUGACCAACGCGGCGUUGGUGACGCCAGGGGGUACGCAGCAGGUCGCGUACUCGAGCGACUUGCCCCCGGACUCGACACCGUCCAGGACCGGGGGGCUCCCUCGGCCGACGGCGACGACGAACACGCUCCUCGACCAAGCUUGCGCCCACCUGGUCAGCGUCGAGCCCCGGUUGGGACCCGUCAUAGAGAAGCACCCGUGCCACGUCUUCUCGGCCCGGGGUCUGGCGGAACAGAUCGACCCCUUUCGGUCGCUGGCGAGCGGGAUCAUGGGCCAGCAGGUGUCGGGGGCGGCGGCCAAGUCCAUCAAGAACAAAUUCAUCGCGCUGUUCAACGAGGAGGGCACCGAACACCCCCCCAAGUUCCCCACGCCGGCACAGGUCGCCGCGACGGACCUGGCACGGUUGCGGCUCGCCGGUCUGUCCCAGCGGAAGGCCGAGUACAUCCAGGGGUUGGCGGAGAAGUUCACGACGCGGGAACUGACGACCGACAUGCUCAUGAAGGCCACGGACGAAGAGGUCAUGGAGCGGCUCAUCGCGGUCAGGGGCCUGGGCAGGUGGUCCGUCGAGAUGUUUGCGUGCUUCGGCCUCAAGAGGCUGGACAUCCUCUCGACGGGCGACCUCGGCGUGCAGCGGGGCAUGGCCGCCUUCUACGGCAAGGACGUCAAGAAGCUCAAGGCCAAAGGCGGGGGCAAGUGGAAGUACAUGUCGGAGCAGGACAUGUUGGACAAGUCUGCUCCCUUCGCCCCCUAUCGCAGUCUCUUCAUGUGGUACAUGUGGCGCGUCGAGGACGUGGACGUCGAGGUUAUGAGUACCAUGUAG